AUGGCACGGCAAGUAAUAUUUUUAUAUUUUUCUUUCUGUUUUGUGGCUGCUUCCGAUUUGCUUUAUUAUUCAGUUCUAGAAGAGAUAAAGCAAAAUUAUGUUGUGGGAAAUGUUGCAAAAGAUUUGAAAUUAACUAAGAAUGAGCUAGAAAUGAGAAAAUUAAGGAUUGUUUCUCAUAAAAAUGUGAAUUAUUUAAAUAUCAGUUCAGAAAAUGGUAAUAUAUAUGUCAUUAGAAGAAUAGACAGAGAAGAGUUAUGUGGAUCAGAAAUGAAUUGCUUUCUGGAUCUAGAGAUUCUGGCUGAAAAUCCAGUAAAUGUUUAUCCUGUUAGGAUUGAGAUUCAAGAUAUAAAUGACAAUUCCCCAUGUUUCUCAAAGGACAUUUUUGAUAUUGGAAUAAGUGAGUCAACUUCCCCAGGAGCCCGUUUUGUCCUCGGAAAUGCUCUUGACCAGGAUUCAGGCACCAAUUCUUUGCAAAACUAUGAGCUUAGUCAAAAUGCAGAUUUUGAAUUAGCUGAAAAAACACUCAGUGAAGAGAAUAAAUACGUAGAACUUAUUUUAAAGCAGCACCUAGAUCGUGAAAAACAACAGAAAUAUAGUUUAACUUUAACAGCUUCUGAUGGAGGAAAGCCUGUAAAAACUGGAACUGCUACUAUCCAAAUUGAAGUACAAGAUGUAAAUGACAAUUAUCCUGUUUUCAGCCAAAAAAUAUAUCGAAUCAAUUUAAAUGAAAAUUCUCCACCUUGCUCACUAGUUAUUCAACUAAAUGCUACUGAUAAAGAUGAGGGUUCCAAUGCAGAUAUCACAUAUUCAUUUAGUCAUAUUCGCGAAAAUGCACGCCAGGUAUUUACUUUAGAUUCCCAAACUGGAGUCAUUAAAACUAAUCAGGAAUUGGAUUACGAAUCAACAAGAAGUUAUGAGGCCACUGUUGAAGCUAAAGACGGGGGAGGCUUAGCUGCACAAUGUACUGUAUUCAUACAGAUUGUGGACAUUAAUGACAAUGCACCUGAGAUAUCUCUUGCAUCCAUAUAUACACCAGUUCCAGAGGAUUCCCCACCUGGAACACUUCUGGCAUUAAUUAAUGUCAAAGACAUAGAUUCUGGAGAAAAUGGGGAAGUGAUAUGCCAAAUCAGAGAUACUCCAGCAUUCAAACUGAUGGCAUCAUCUAAUCAUUAUUACAAACUUGUAACAGCAGGUCCUCUGGAUAGAGAAGAAAAUCCAUCUUAUAACAUUACUAUUACAGCUGAAGAUGAAGGAACACCUCCAAUGUUAACUAUGAAAACAUUAUAUAUAACAGUUCUAGAUGUAAAUGACAACCCACCCGUCUUUAGUAAACCAUUAUAUAUAUCAUACAUUCCAGAACAUACACCAGCUGGAACCUCAGUACUUAAUGUUUGUGCAUCAGAUUUGGAUGACAAUGAAAAUGCUCGCAUCACAUAUUCAAUCAGUAGCACAAAUAUUGAUAACAUUCCAGUGUCUUCAUACAUUUCCAUGAACUCAAUCACUGGGGUUAUUUAUGCUCAGAGAUCUUUUGAUUAUGAACAGUUACGUGAACUUCAGUUCCAGUUAGUGGCUAAAGACAGUGGAUCUCCUUCUCUCAGCACUAACGUCACCGUAAGGAUAUGUAUAAUAGAUAAGAAUGAUAAUGCUCCAAAGAUUCUCUACCCAUCGCCUGACAAUGAGGAUUCUACAUUAUUUGAAUUUAUUCCUCACACUGCCGAAAAAGGUUAUCUAGUGACUAAAGUGAUUGCAGUGGAUGCUGAUUCUGGACAUAAUGCUUGGCUUUCUUAUCACCUAAUACAAGUUCCUGAUCCAACUUUAUUUAACAUUGGUCCACACAAUGGUGAAAUCAGAAUAGGACGAGACCUUCAGUAUAUAGAUUCUUUAAGGCAAAAGAUUGUGGUCCUUGUGAAAGAUAAUGGACAACCCUCUUUGUCCUCUACGGUCACCUUGAACUUAGUUGUGGCUGAAAACUUCCAGGAGGGAAUACCAGAGAUAAAACAUAAACCCAGUACUGUAGAUAUUUCAUCAAAUGCAACAUUCUAUCUAAUAAUAGCAAUAGUUCUUAUUUCUGCUUUAUUCAUUUUGUCAGUGAUGAUUAUAGCAAUUUGUGUAUUAUUUUGCAGACAAUAACCACAAAUACUGUUCAAUGGCUGGACAAUUGUCACAAAGCUGUCCUUCUCUCCUCACACUAAAGCUGCUAUAAGCAAAGAGACUGCCAGACUGUACCAGACUGCAAGAAAGUUUGUUGCAGGGCACACAUUUUACUUUGAUCACAAUUAUACAUUAAUCAUGGUGAUCACAUGA